UCUCUGUGUGUUUGGAUCGCUGCGUUUGACUUACAUAAAACAGCAUGUUGCCAGAAAUAAAUAACAAGACAUCCCGACCGGAGGCCUUCCCUCACCCUCACAGACUCCCAGCAGAAGGCAGCCGCAUCGGAACAAGUCGGCCCUGUUCACAGAAGUUUGGCUCUGGUGUUGGGACGCUGCCUCAGCUUGAGCCCCCGGUGGUCCAGGUGGUGGUCAGCAAUGCCAAAAACCAGCACCAGCAGUCGGACAACAUCCUGCCCCAAAUCGCCAACAAAGGGGGACAAAACAACUACCAAACACACUCGUUCGCCAUGCGGUUUGGGGCAGCAAUGGAUAAAGUAUCAGAGGCGCUGAACAACUUCCAGGAGCGGCUGACGGAGUUUGAGCGGGAGGAGAUCAACGACUAUGCAGAGAUCUGGUUCCUGGGUCUGGGCUCCCAGAAAAUUGAGGGUUCGCAGGGAGCGCAGCAGAACUCUGGAUAUGACGAUGAGCAUGGGAGCUACGUCAGGCCUCACAUGUCUGCUGAUGCUCAAUUGACCGUCUCUGCUUUGACCGUCAGUCACAGCAAACCUCCCGUUGCCUUUCAGGUGCUGCAUGACCACAUCGCUUACAGGUUUGAAGUCCUCGAAGUGAUCGGCAAAGGCUCCUUUGGGCAGGUCUUAAAAUGUCUGGACCACAAGAACAACGAACUCGUGGCCAUCAAGAUGAUACGCAAUAAGAAAAGGUUUCAUCACCAAGCGCUGGUGGAGCUGAAGAUCCUGGAUGUAAUAAAGAGAAAAGACAAUGACAAUCUUCACAAUGUCAUCCACAUGAAGGAGUACUUUUACUUCAGAAACCACCUCUGCAUCUCCUUUGAGCUCUUGGGGGUCAACCUGUAUGAGCUCAUAAAAAAAAACAACUUCCAGGGCUUCAGCCUGGCCCUUAUCCGGCGGUUCGCCCACGCGCUUCUCAGGUGCCUGCAGAUGCUGCACAGGGAGAAGAUAAUCCACUGCGACCUCAAGCCGGAAAACAUUCUCCUGUCUCAAAGGGGGCCGGGGAACAUCAAGGUUGUUGACUUUGGAUCAAGUUGCUAUGAACAACAAAGGGUGUACACCUACAUCCAGAGUCGUUUCUACCGCUCCCCAGAAGUCAUCCUGGGUCAUCCUUACAGCAUGGCCAUUGACAUGUGGAGUCUUGGCUGCAUCCUGGCUGAGCUUUACACGGGCUACCCUCUUUUCCCAGGAGAGAGUGAAGUGGAGCAGAUAGCCUGCAUAAUGGAGGUUCUGGGAAUGCCUCCGAAUGAUUUUGUUCAGUCGGCAUCAAGGAGGAAGUUGUUCUUUGCCGAGAAGCUGAGCCCGGAGAGGAGCAGCCAGGAAAACCAGAGCAGGGACAGCUCAACAUCCGGGGCCAAGAUGGCGUCCGUGGAGCGUCUGCGACCCAUCGGGGCCUCGGCGGAGGAGGAGCUGUGUGACAGCGAGGGCCAGCUGUCCACAGACAGCCAGCAGCACGAGAGCAGCGGAGAGAGGCCCGUUCACAUCAUCAUCAAGCCUCAAGAGAAGAGGAAAGAUAGCCAGGAACCACCUCAGUGUUAGCGCUGCUAGCGUCAGAGGGAAUCCUGCUUCACGACCAGUGGCAACUAGCAGGCUGAAGCUGGACGUGUGAGAAAGCUGCAUUGAAAUACCCGAGUCGGCCAUGUUGCCAUAGAAUAUCACAGAACUAUAUGUCUUAUGGGGUGGUCAGCACCAUUGCCUCACAGCCAGAAGGUUCUGGGUUCGAGUCCCAGGGGAACCGGGACCUUUCUGUGUGGAGUCUGCAUGUUCUCCCAGUCCCCCUGCGACCCCGUUAGGGAAUAAGAGGUUACAAAAGUGGAUGGAUGGAAAUAUGACUAAUGUUCCCACAUAACAAGAACAAAACAUUGAUAUAUAAGAGACAGCAAAGAUGGACUUCUUUUAUUUAUUGUUUUAGGUAUACAGUUCUAGUGUAUUUUUUUUGUUCCAUGAAAAAUGAUCUUUUUUUAUUUCAAACUGUGAAGUCUGAUAUCAAUUGAAUUAUUAUUUGGUGGAGACAAAGUCUUUGCAGGCAUUUAGUCUCAGUGGGUCACGUCUGAGACUUUGAAUCACAUGGUAGAUUACUUACAGUCAUGGAAAUAUAAUUAAAUUAAAUUUCUCUAACAUUUUUUAGAUUUAAGUGAUUUCACAAACAUUGCAUGGAUAGAAAAGUAGUCCUUUUUUUGUUGUGCUCUCAUUUAUUGUGAACAUUUCAGCUUAAUAUCACUCUCAUAAUGGUAAAUUAUUGUGUGCAAUAAAGGCUGAGCCAUAUGUUUUUUUAAAUACAAUAACAAAUAAAUAGUCGUUACACACUUUUUAUUGUAAAACAAAGUUGAUGACAUGCAUUACUGGUUAUUAUUUCCUUUAUUUAUUGUGGAAUAUCUUUGAGUCUUUGAAGAAUUGAACUCAGUAACCAUAAGACAUGUAUUUAUAUUAGAGUUUAUUGUACAUAUUUAUGAGUACAUUUCUAAUACAUGUGUGCCACAGCAUAUAUUUUACAAUUUGCUGAGGAUUUAGACAAGGUUUUACUUGUUGUGUUGUUACUGUAUGGAAAUAUUUUUUUAUGUCUCGUUCCUUGUACUUUUUAUAAUAGAAAAAAAGACAAUCCUACUAUUGAUAGUCUGUGCCUUGCAGUAUUAGAGAUCUUGCACUUUAUUAUCGUGUUUGUACAACUAAAUUAGAUUCUGGUGUACCCUUAUCUGGCCUGAUUUGGACUACUUUUGACAACAUUAUCAUAUUAAAUUACACAAGAUGAAAAAUAACAUUAAUUGGCUUUUUAUUCAUGAUUUAUCUUUUCUAGAGACCCAGUUUAAAUAUAAAAUAGCACCCUCACUAUAUGAGAGCUAAUUCAUGGGAGAUCCUAAUAAGAUUAACGUAGCUGAAAUAUGAAAACCUAAUACAAGUGAAUUUGAUGUCUAAAAUAAAUUGCUGUUUUAAAGAC